CAUUCCUCUCUCUAGGCCAGAUGGCUCUUGCAACAAAGGACAAUCAGAGGAACAUUGCAAAAGCGGACCAUGAAAUAAGACCCCUGUUUACGAAGACACUGGGAGAAAAAACCGGCGCCAGGGAAGAAAAUGGCGUUCGAAAAUCAGCUCUGCUCAAAAUUCCAAGCUUGAAGUCGGGUUUACCCAAAAUGAAGGGCAGUGUGGAAGGAUUGAGAUACUGGUCCAGAGCGAACAAGGCAGUCGAUGAGCAGAACACUCCGCGUAGAGCGGGUCACAAAGCAGGAAAUGGAAAAAUUGAGCGCAGUCCAAGGUUCCAAUUAGGCAGUCGCGUCCAGACAAAUUGCUAUUAUGACAACGGCUUCAUCCACCAGAUCCGCGAGCAAAACGGCAAAUUUGAGUAUCGCGUACGACAUACGUGGUAUUAUGCCUUUGAGUAUUGGCCAUCUUGGUUGGAGUCGAAGAUCGGUGCAUGGGUCUCAGAAGAUAAGCUUAUUUUGGCGCCAACUAAACUCACAUCAACGCAAGAUGCGCCAAAUAUCCCAUAUGAGAGACUUGAAGAAACGCCAUGGUUCUCGCGUCCAACCGAUCUUGGAUUCGAUAUCGGAGAUCACGCUUUGACUGUGAUCAACGGCAAGGAAGUUGAAGUACAGGUUCUUAGGAGUGGCUACUCACAUGGGCCUUCGUUUGGGUCUGCGGGCGUAUCAGGAAAACUUGAUCCAAGGGCAGAAAGCAUACCAGAAGGCGAGAUGUAUAUGCUGUCAGAUGCAGCAGGCAGGGAGACUCUUGUGAACAAGAACGGUUCGCUAUGGUUUGCAUAUGCAGAGUAUUCACUCAAGAAGCUACCACAAGACACAGAGACGGACUCUCGGGCGAAAUCAGAAAAUUUGGCAGGGAGGUUAUCGGUGCACAGGGAGGCGAACCUGUGUGCGAAUGAAGCAAUACCCGAUCUGAGCUUCCAGAUGGCGGCGCCUACGAGAGCGUGAGCAAGGUAGAUGUAAUAAUAUGAUAGCAUUGCG